AUUGAUGUUAAAUAUAAUACUUAUGUAAUUUAGAAUGUACUUUUGACAUCGAGAUAUCUACGGGUGUUACAUAAAAACCGUGUAAAACGCGUGGUUAGAGAUUUCGAUUUUAGUCGGAUUUUGUUCUGAAAAUGCUGACCGGAUGAGGGCACGGAUACUUUAUGUUGCUUGCCUGUGCCGCCGAGCCAACUUGCCGACAGGCGCUAGGCGAAAUAUAACGCGAAUUUAAGUGAAAUUAUGGCAUCAACCCCGCAGAAAACAUGCGUGUUUAAUCGCUUCUCGCGUGACAGCAGCUCCCCAGCCCUGGAUUAGUGAAGCCAACAGCGCCGGACAAUGCUAUCCAGUUAGCCCGAGCUAGUUGCUAACUGGCUAAGGAAGUUAGCCGGUUAGCUAGCGAGCCGCGUCAGCUUGCCGUAGGCUGCUCUCUCGUUUCGCGCAUUUCCAGCCUGCUCGCCGACCUCUGUCACCGUUCAACCGGCCGGCUGAGCUCAAACGUUGGACUGCAAGGCGCAGCUUCGCCGGCGUCGAACAGAAAAAGGACCGAAACGCACACACGUCGCUUUUAAAAUGGAGAGCGAGCGGUGUUUCGCAUAAGCGGCAGCUGUUUUUCCAACAAACACCGCUCUUUUGUUUUGACAAAGGAAGCCGAGUUUCUUUCUUUUUCUUUUUUUUUUUUAAACCACCAGCUCACAUCUGCCGGUGGGCCGGAUUCUUUCCUCCAUUCGUUUCGUUGAGUUGAGCCAAUGGCUCCACAGAAGCAGGGCUCCUCGGGUGGAAGCCACCCGGCGGGUUCUGGUUCUGGAGGUAAAGCCAACGGGUUCUACCAGUCGUCGUCCUCCUCCUCUUCCUCCUCCUCCUCCUCCUCCUCCUCGAUGGCUGCAGCCAAGAAGCCCAACAUGCAACUCAUCCAAGCCGACCACGAGCUGUUCCUGCAGGCCUUCGAGAAGCCCACUCAGAUCUACAGGUUCCUCCGCACCAGGAACCUGAUCGCUCCGAUCUUCUUGCACAGGACUCUCACCUACAUGUCCCACAGAAACUCCAGGAAUAACCUCAAAAGGAAAAGCUCAAAGGUCGACAAUCUGUUGUUCAAGGUGGAGAAGAUGAGAGGAGAACAGGAGACUCACAGCUUGGCCUCUAAUCUGCAGCUCAUCUUUACUGGCUUCUUCCAUAAAGCUGGGAAGCCGUCUCAGGACAGUGAGAACGAGCAGAACUCUGUUUCUCUGGAGGUGCUGCUGGUCAAAGUCUGUCACAAGAAGAGGAAGGACGUGAGCUGUCCGGUGAAGCAGGUCCCCACCGGGAAGAAGCAGGUUCCCCUGAAUCCAGACCCGGGAGUCCAGGCCAAGCCAGGCUCCUCCCCCUCGCUGCUGGUUUCCAGCAGCGAGUUUGAGCCCAGCAACUCCCACAUGGUGAAGUCCUACUCGCUGCUCUUCAGGGUGUCGAGGCCCGGCUGCCCCCGGACUCCCAUCAACGGCCUGGCCAACGGAGAGAACCACCACAGCAGGGGUCUGGAUUUCACAGAGGAAGUGGUGAACAGGAAGAGGCGGAGCUCUUCUCUCCGGGAGGAGGGAGAAACCGCGUUUGUGGCCCAGAUGACGGUCUUUGACAAAAACAGACGUCUGCAGCUGCUGGACGGGGAGUACGAGGUGUCUAUGCAAGAGAUGGAGGAGUGUCCGGUCACCAAGAAGAGGGCGACGUGGGAAACCAUCUUGGAUGGAAAGCGCCUGCCUCCCUUCGAGAGCUUCUCUCAGGGUCCCACCCUGCAGUUCACGCUGCGCUGGACCAGCGGCGACUCCGACCGCUCCACCGCGCCCGUGGCCAAACCUCUGGCCACCCGCAACUCCGAGACCAACCAGGACCCGCGGCCCAGCGCCCUGAGGGCCACGCACACGCCAGCUGUUAAAGAAUUGGUCAGCGCGGACGUGACGGCCAGAAGAGAGCUCGUCUCCGCCGAGCCGCGGCAGAAGCUGCGCAUCUUCUACCAGUUUCAGUACAACAGCAACACGCAGCAGCAGACGGAGGCCAGAGACGACCUCCACUGUCCCUGGUGCACCCUCAACUGCAGGAAGCUCUACAGUCUGAUCAAACACCUCAAGCUGUCCCACUCCCGCUUCAUCUUCACCUACGUGCCCCACCCCAAAGGAGCGCAGAUCGAGGUCUCCAUCAACGAGUGCUACGACGGCUCGUACGCAGGAAACCCGCAGGACAUCCACGGCCAGCCGGGCUUCGCCUUCAGCAGGAACGGGCCGGUCAAGAGGACGGCCGUCACCCACGUGGUCGUCUGCAGACCGAAGAGGACCAAGGCGAGUCUGUCCGAGUUCCUGGAGCCGGAGGACGGAGACCAGGAGCAGCCCAUCGUCAGCGGACACAACCGCCUCUACUUCCACAGCGACAGCUGCGUCCCGCUGCGUCCUCAGGAGAUGGAGGUGGACAGCGAGGACGAGCGCGACCCCGACUGGCUCAAAGAGAAGACCGCCAUGCAAAUCGAGGACUUCACCGACGUCAACGAGGGUGAGAAGGAGAUCAUGAAGCUGUGGAACCUCCACGUCAUGAAGCACGGCUUCAUAGCAGACAAUCAGAUGAACGAGUCCUGCCUGAGGUUCGCCGACCACCACGGCGUCCACAUCGUCAGGAACGACCUCUGCCGCAACUUCCUGCUGCACCUGAUCAGCAUGCACGACUUCAACCUGGUCACCACGCAGACCAUCGACCAGGCCAUGGCCCGCCUGCGCCUCCUGCAGAGCCAGCGCGCUCACAGGCAGAAGGAGCCGGAGGAAGAGGAGGAGGAGGACGAGGAGGACGACUGGGAGACGGCCGUGGAGUCCCAACCAGAGCUGGACCCGGAUCUGGAGGAUUCACAGCGUCAUGAGGAGAAGAUCAACGGCUGUGUGCAGAACGGGAACCAGGAGGAGGAGAAGAAGGAAGAGCAGGAGCAGCAGGAGCAGCAGCAGGAGAAGGACCAGAAGGAAGAAGAGGAAGAGCAGCAGCAGCAGGAGAGAGGAGGAGCUGCGACGGAAAGGACGACCGGCAAGCGGAGACUCUCCGGCUCUGAACGUGAAGAUAAAUGACUGAAGGGCGAGCGGUUGGUGGGAUUCACAGAGGAGCCGUUUCAUCAUUACCGGGGGAGAAGUGAGGAGUUGUGACCCCACCGAGCUUAACGAAGACUGGACCGCCGAGGAAGCUCAACUGAUCCGGACCAGUUUGGACUCUUGACGAGCCGGAUUCUCUCUUCAUCCAACUUUUCCUUUCGUCGUCCUCGGUGUGAAGAACCAAUCAGCUUUUGGGGGUCUGAUGUGGUCUCUAGCUGUCCCGAUGAGUUCACCUGGUCUCUGGGUGUGUGAUAAAGCGUCAUGGACUGUUACUCGUUCUCUGGGUGUCACCUGGUUUCUAAUCAGGUCUUCAGGUCUCUAACAAGGUCUCCAGGUCUCCGUGUCCAGAUGACUUAUCAAGUCUCUGAUAUUCUCCAUCUGUUCACUAUAUAUCGAUCUAUACAUAUGUAGAUCUAUAAAUAUGUAGAUCUAUAUACAUGCAUCGAUCUCUCUGGAUCAGACCUUCUCUCUGGUGCUAGAUCUUUUAUUGCUGUUGUCUCUCAGCGACCUCCACUGCCAGCGCUCACACUCAAACACGACCACUUCCUGCUCGGCCUCCGUUUUCUAAAACCACCACCAAUCAAAUCCAGGACUGCUUUUGUUAAGACAACAAACUUGUUUUAUUUUUAGUUGUAAAUCGAUUCAGUCCUCACAAAUAUACGGCGUGUUUUUAGCGUUUUCAAUCGACGGGAUUCAGUCUCCCUUUGGGGGUUUUAAUCCUGUGCCGGUUCCAGUGUCUUUUAUUUCAGAUCCUUACGAGCAGAAUCUUCUCUUUUGGGCUGACGUCACGCACAAAGAGCUGCCGAAAAUUGAUAAAAGGAUACAAAUCUGCGUGAACAGAAGUCUAUUUUCCUCCACAGCUGGUGUUUGUGAACAUGCGACUGUAAAACCAAUAAAUUAGUUUUUGAAUACGAUUGUUCAGGAAGCCUGAACGCCUCACGGCAAGUUUUUGUAUUUAGUUUUAUUUUCGUAGUUUACACACCAAAGGAGACGACGUUGCUUCAGAUUUCUCCGCUCUUUUGUGUCUCCUGUGAACAUUUCAAAAAUAAAAAGCUCACUGCCUUUAAAAUGAUCUCAAAGGUCCAGAGAGAACGGAAGCCGAAGGUCCCAGAUGCUGAUUUCAGGUCCGUCAGCUCCUUCUCGUAUCAAGAAACUGCCCCCAGAAAAUAAGAAGCUUUAGAGGUUUGCGCUGGGAGUGACGAGCAGGGUGCUCUUUCUGUUUUGGGGGGAAUAAAAUGUAUCUUUUUGUUGAUUCGCACGAGACCAGCCGCAUUUUGCACAAGAUGAGAGGAGCCAUGUCGAGGAAACAAGGAAAAAAAAAUCAAAUAAAACCGCUCGACGUUGUGAACUUUUAAGUUGAGUCAGAGUGCUUUUCUAUUAAAUGAACAAUUUUGUACAAA